AUGGAGGAAGCAGGCUGGGUAGUUAGUCUGGAGAUUAUAUGGAGGAAGCAGGUGGGUAGUUAGCCUGGAGAUUAAUAUGGAGGAAGCAGGCUGGGUAGUUAGCCUGGAGAUUAAUAUGGAGGAACAGGCUGGGUAGUUAGUCUGGAGAUUAAUAUGGAGGAAGCUGGCUGGGUAGUUAGCCUGGAGAUUAAUAUGGAGGAAGCAGGCUGGGUAGUUAGCCUGGAGAGUAAUAUGGAGGAAGCAGGCUGGGUAGUUAACCUGGAGAUUAAUAUGGAGGAAGCAGGCUGGGUAGUUAGCCUGGAGAUUAAUAUGGAGGAAGCAGGCUGGGUAGUUAGUAUCUGGAAGAUUAAUAAAAGCAGGCCCGUGUAGUUACCUAGAUUACUAGGAUUAAGCAGGCUUAUUUACUGGAAUACUAAGUAUGGAACCGGUUGUCAGGGGUUUAAAUGAGAUUAAUUUUUGGAGGAUGAGUCUGGUUUAGCUCAACUGGAGAUUGAUUAGGAAAGGUGGGUAAUUACUUUGUUCAUCCAUAGUAGCAGUAAUUCAUUUCGUGAUGCAGCCCUAGCAUCAGCACAGGAUUUAAAAGGUUUAUCUAGUAACUGGCUAUAAUUUAAUGUUUGGAUGAAAACAGGUAAAGGGCAACUUGUGUUCUUCGGAUUAAAGAAAGGUGAUUUGAAUUAAAACUCAUUCUUUUUCUGCUCGGUAACCUUCCCUUUCCGAUCUGGAAUCUGACGCCCCAAAAGUGGUUUUAUAGGGUAACGGUAUUAUCCCAAUGUCUUGAACGGUAAAGGAGGCACACUCAGUCCGGUGCCCAGGCGGAACACUGCCCCGUGCAGAUAAACUCCUCUCCUUCUUCAGACCUCCCUGUACUCUUCCACGUCCCCUCAACCUCGUACCAGGUCCUCCAACGCUCCCCCCCAGCCGCCCACCUCACGGGACAGGUACAAGCAUUUAUUAUCCCCCCAAUAAUUUGAGCCACCAAUAAUCCUCUCUUUAUUGUCCCAAUUGGGAAACGUGUCAUGUGUUUAGGGUAAGAAACAACAUUAAAGCUAUAACAACCAUACAAAAUAUAAUCAAUAGAUCACAAAGAGAUCACUUACAGUCAUUGCUAUCAAAUCCUUGAUCCUAUCCUACUGCGAAUUUAUUAUUGGGCACUGCAGCUGAGUGCGUCUCACAGGGGUUGGGAUAAAGGAACAAUUGCAAAACUCAAGAGUAAUCUUCUUCUUCUUCUUCUGCUUCUUCUGCUUCUUCUUCUUAUUCUUCUUCUUCUUCUUCUUCUUCUUCUUCUUCUCCUUCUCCUUCUUCUUCUCCUUCUCCUUCUUCUUCUUCUUCUUCUUCUUCUUCUUCUCCCCAGGUGAGGUCUGCCCAGCCCGGACCCCAGCACCAGUCCUCUGGGCCCCCCCAGCAGUUUGCCCAGCAGCCCAACCGGAGCCCGGCCCAGUACAUGUCGGCCCAGCCCAGGGGCCCUGACUUCGCCUAUGGGCCUCCCCAUCCAGGCUUCGCCCCUCAAGGUGACUACCCUACCGGACAUCAGGGUUGAGGUCAAUUCCAAUUUAAUUCGAAAUAUCCAAUUCAAUUCUUGAAUUCACUCAUGAAGUGGAGAAUUGACAUUGAAUUCAAUUCGAAAUGUCAACAAUCUUAAGGUUAUGGAAUUGGAAUUAGACUGUUUGAAUUGGAAUUGAAUUGGAAUUUCAAUAUUUGUAGAUUUCCCAGUUAAUGGAUUUGUUUUUAAUCAUUUCAUCUUGUAGUUUUAUAUUUCCAGUAUAGAUAGGCUGUCUGAACAGUGGCAUGAUCCAGGGGGUUUUCAAACUUGGGUCCGUGGCCCCGAGGUACUGCAGGGGGUCCGCAAAUGUUUUUAUAUUUAGUUAUUUUUGAAAAAUAUUUUUUGGGGGAAUAUCGCGAGCUGCAACAGAAUAUCAUUGUGGAUACCAUUUUUAUGUCUCUGCGUCCAGUAUGAACGAAGUUAGAGGUAGUUUCACGAGCCAAUGCUAACUAGCAUUAGCGCAAUUACCGGAAGUCUACAGGAACAGUUAGCAUGCUAGCCAUUGGAGCUAAUUACAGGGUUUUUUCUGUAUAGGAAAUUCUUAAAACGGGCCGACUAAGUGGUAAUUUUCGGGAUGCAAAAACAGUUUCAGUGUCAACAUAAAUUACCAAAACCAGAUAGAAAGCCCAAGAUAUUGAACUAUAUAUAUAUAUAUAUAUAUAUAUAUAUAUAUAUAUAUAUAUAUAUAUAUAUAUAUAUAUAUUUUUUUUUAAAUAAUACCAUCUUUGAGAUCUAACAAUAAAAUAUAAUAUCGACAGUCAGGGAGGGAGAAUCUAAAAUUUAAAAAACCGGGCAUUCCGGGCACAUGCCCAUUGAUUUUGUUAUAAUGUUUGAGCAGAGGAGCACAGCAUUAGCCUUGCCAAACUGUGUAGAAUUGCAGGAAAUUUGUUUUUAAACUACAAAAUUGUCUCUCAGCUCCUUGCCAAACUGUGUAGAAUUGCUGGAAAUUAUCUUCAAAACUGCAAGGUUUUCUCUCAGCUCAAUGUAAAAAUGUGUAGAAUUGCAGAACAGUUUAUUUACAACCGCAAUUGAGGAUACUAUUGAAUUGGGAAUUGAAUUCUUGGAAUUUACCUAACAUUGAAAUUGAGAGGAAUUUAAUGAAUUCAAUUCAAAGGGCUUUAUUGCCAUGGGAAACAUAUGUUUACAUUGCCAAAGCAAGUGAAAUAUAUAAUAAUCAAAAGUGAGAUAAACCAUAAUGUUAUAUAAUAAUAUAAUGGCUAUUACAUUUACAUUUUAGUAGACACUCUUAUCCAGAUCGACUGGAUAUUUUUUUUUACUUUUUCCCGUACUGGUCCCCCGUGGGAAUCGAACCCACAACCCUGGCGUUGCAAGUGACAUUAUCUACCAACUGAGCCACGUGGGACCAUCAAAAACCAUCAGAAAUUAACAGUAAACAUUACGCUCACAACCGUAAAAAAAAAAGAAGAGACAUUUCAAAUGUCAUAUUAUGUCUAUAUACAGUGUUGUAACAAUGUGCAAAUAGUUAAAGUACAAAAGGGAAAAUAAAUAAACAUAAAUAUGAGUUGUAUUUACAAUGGUGUUUGUUCUUCACUGGUUGCCCUUUUCUUGUGGCAACAGGUCACACAUCUUGCUGCUGUGAUGGCACACUGUGGUAUUUCAGAAUUCAAAAGACUGACCUGGAAUUGUAAUUUAAUCAAAUGGAAUUGACAGGGAGGGGAAAUUGAAUUAGAAUUGAAUUAGUGGAUUAACCCCAACAUUAACACACUCCGUUUGCAAUUCUAACAUGUUCCAUGGCAUGUGAAAUUACUAUUUUCCAAUAGAUUUGAAAUGCAGUUAGGAACUAUUAAAACUCCAAAGAAAGCAAAGACAGGGCAGCAAAUACAUUGUGAAAGCAAAGACACUGUGAAAGCAAGUACACUGUGAAAGCAAAUAUACUGUGAAAGCAAAUAUGUUUGUAUCAUGUACAAGUCAUUAUUGUAAAAUAGAAUAUGUUCUAAAUGACUUACCUGGUUAAAUAAAGGCACAGUAAAUACAUGUAUAUUUCUGGUAGGGUACCCAGAGCAGGCCUACUCGGGAGCAGGAGGGUACAGAGGAGUACCAGGGAACACCUGGAGGCCAGAACCUAGCUAUCCCCCUGCUCCUACCCAGCAGGGCUACCCACAACCUGUCCCUAAGAAGACCUACAUCACAGACCCUCCUGCCAGCCUGGUUCCUCCUGAACACCUCAACCCACAGAAGGUAAGAACUGACUCAACACGACUACACACUGACGCAACACGACUACACACUGACGCAACACGACUACACACUGACGCAACACGACUACACACUGACUCAACACGACUACACACUGACUCAACACGACUACACACUGACGCAACACGACUACACACUAACGCAACAUGACUACACACUGACGCAACACGACUACACACUGACUCAACACAAAUACACACUGACACAACUACACACUGACACAACACGACUACACACUGACACAACACGACUACACACUGACGCAACACGACUACACACUGACUCAACACGACUACACACUGACUCAACACGACUACACACUGACACAACACGACUACACACUGACACAACACGACUACACACUGACACAACACAACUACACAACACAACACAAUACACCUGGCCCUGCAGAAGGUAAGAACUGAUGGAAAAAAGUAUUUGAUCUCUCACAGUUGAAGUGUACCUAUGAUAAAAAUUACUGUCAGUGUUGAUGUGGAUGCGGUUGAGGAGUCAGACGCAGGACGCAUAGGCUGAGUCAAACAAGACUUUACUAACUGUAUAAACAGUACAAAAUAAAGGACCUCAAAACAAGGAGGCGAGCGACAACGCAACACAGUGCGUCACAAUAAACAAAGUCCAGAGUACUGCACAGGUGACACCAACGGACAGGCGGAAAAUAACACACAAACUAACGAAAACAACACAGGAAACUUAUAGGGCACAUAAUCAGACCCAAAACGGACACAGGUGUAACAGACAGACCCAACCAAACGAACAUCGAAACAUACAACGGUGGCAGCUAGUACUCCGGGGACGACGAACGCCGAAGCCUGUCCGAGCAAGGAGGAGGAGCAGUCUCGGCAGAAUUCGUGACAAUUACAGACCUCUAGACCUUUUCGGUUACUGGCACAACGCUCUUACCCACUAAGCUACCUGCCGCCAUGUCUAUCAAUGCAACACCGUGGAGGACUACAGUAAUAGUGGAGUGGAUGGCUCAGAAAUAAGAAACACACCUGAGUUAUUAUACUCAGUAACCUUUUACAGAAUGACAUUACACCGUUAGCCGUUCCACACGUGGAAACAUUUACUCCUGCAACAUGAUAACACCACCGUUUCACAUGUGAGGAGAAUAACACUAUUUCACCACCACAUGUGAACUUGCAAUUCCACAUGUGAAAGUGAGAUUUACACAUUUGGAGUUUUCUUACAUGUGAAACAGCAAAUGUUUGUUGUGGUUGAUUUUAACAUGUGAACUCUAAAUUCAAUACAUGUGAAAAUAUGAUUUCAUGUAUUUAAACUCUACAUGUGAACACAGCCAUUUCAUGGGUUAAAAAUGUGAUUUACACAUGUGAAACUGCAAUUUCACAUGUUUGUUUUUAGAGGGAGGUGUGUGAGUGCGAGAUGGCUAUGCAACAGGGAGCAUCUUACUUUCGCUGAAAGCCUCAGAAUAAACCGUUGUUUUAACCUUUAUGAAUUAUGAACAGGUUCUGUUCUGUUGUUUUUGUUGUAGCUCAGUAAAGCCAUUUCUCUUUAUAUUCAUCUUCGCUGUCUCAGUGUUGCUCUUUGGCUUUCAUUUUUACUUAGGAUUACGAUACCUAUCUGAUUAUGUGUACGGUAAUAAUUGUUGAAAGAGGUGGAACUUACGGUAUCUAAAGAGCUAUACUGAACAAAAAUAUGAACGCAACAUGUAAGGUGUUGGUCCUAUGUUUCAUGAGCUCAAAUAAAAGAUCCCAGAAAUGUUCCAUACACACAACAUGCUUAUUUCUCAAAAAUGGUGUGCACAAAUUUGUUUACUGAUCCCUUUUAAUGAGCAUUUCUCCUUUGCCAAGAUAAUCCAUCCACCUGACAGGUGUGGCAUAUCAAGAAGCUGAUUAAACGGCAUGAUCAUUACACAGGUGCACCUUGUGCUGGGGACAAUAAAAGGCCAUUCUAAAAUGUGCAGUUCUGUCCCACAACACAAUGCCACAGAUGUCUCAAGUUUUGAGGGAACAUGCAAUUGGCAUGCUGACUGCAGGAAUGUCCACCAGAGCUGUUGCCAGAUAAUUGAAUGUUAAUUUCUCUACCAUAAGCCGAGGCGGCUUUAAAAAAUGUGGCAGUACGACCAACCGGCCUCACAACCGCAGACCACGUGUAACCACGCCAGCCCAGGACCUCCACAUCUGGCUUCUUCACCUGCGGGAUCGUCUGAGACCAACCACCCGGACAGCUGAUGAAACUGUGGGUUUGGACAACCAAAGAAUUUCUGCACAAACUGUCAGAAACCGUCUAAGGGAAGCUCAUCUGCGUGCUCAUCGUCCUCAACAGGGUCUUGACCUGACUGCAGUUUGGUGUCAUAAAAGACUUCAGUGGGCAAAUGCUCAUCUUCAAUGGCCACUGGCACACUGGAGAAGUAUGCUCUUCACGGAUGAAUCCCGGUUUCAACUGUACAUAGCAAAUGACAGUGUGUAUGGCGUCGUGUGUGGCGCAGUGGUCUAAGGCACUGCAUCGCAGUGCUAACUGUGCCACUAGAGAUCCUGGUUCGAAUCCAGGCUCUGUCGCAGCCGGCCGCGACCGGGAGACUCAUGGGCGGCGCACAAUUGGUCCAGGGUAGGGGAGGGAAUGGCCGGCCAGGGAUGUAGCUCAGUGAUCAGAGCAUGGCGUUUGCAACGCCAGGGUUGUGGUUCGUUCCCACGGGGGGCCAGUAUAUAAAAAAAAAAAAAAGAUGUAUCACUAACUGUAAGUCGCUCUGGAUAAGAGCGUUCUGCUUAAAUACUAAAUGUAAAUGUGUGGGCGAGCGGUUUGCUGAUGUCAACGUUGUGAACAGAGUGCCCCAUGGUGGCAGUGAGGUUAUGGUAUGGGCAGGCAUAACUUACGUAGCAUGAACACGAUGGCAGUUUGAAUACACAGAGAUACCGUGACGAGAUCCUGAGGCCCAUUGUCGUGCCAUUCAUCCGCCGCCAUCACCUCAUGUUUCAGCAGAUAAUGCACAGCCCAUGUCACAAAAAUCUGUACACAAUUCCUAGAAGCUGAUAAUGUCCCAGUUCUUCCAUGGCCUGCAUACUCACCAGACAUGUCACCCAUUGAGCAUGUUUGGGAUGGUCUGGAUUGACGUGUACGACAGCGUGUUCCAGUUCCCACCAAUAUCCAGCAACUUCGCACAGCCAUUGAAGAGGAGUGGGACAACAUUCCACAGGCCACAAUCAACAGCCUGAUCAACUCUAUGCGAAGGAGAUGUGUCGCGCUGCAUGAGGCAAAUGGUCGCACCAGAUACUGACUGGUUUUCUGAUUUACGCCCCUACUUUUUUUUUUUUUAAGGUAUCUGUGACCAACAGAUGCGCAUCUAUAUUCCCAGUCAUGUGAAAUCCAGAGAUUAGGGCCUAAUGAAUUUAUUUCAAUUGACUGAUUUCCUUAUAUGAACUGUAACUCAGUAAAAUCUGUGAAAUUGUUGCAUUUAUGUCUUUGUUCAGUGUAGAAUAAUUUGGGGUGAUCUUCUCUCAGUGUAAUCAGUUUUCCAUUAACAUAUUUUUGUGCAGGUUUAUCAUUAUACAUUUAAAUGACAAUUUGUUCAACUGUUAUUUUCAGAGACCAAGGAUGUUAUAGUAUUUUCUCUUAGUAAACUGGGUUAGUGUUGGGGAACUACUGUAGAGUUGAAUAACUGGGUUAGUUUUGGACUUCUGGAGGUUUGAAUAAAUGGGUUAGUUUUGGGAAGAGACUGUAGUUGAAUAACUGGGUUAGUUUUGGACUUCUGGAGGAUUGAAUAACUGGGUUAGUAUUGGGGAGAUACUGUAGAGUUGAAUAACUGGGUUAGUAUUGGGGAGAUACUGUAGAGUUGAAUAACUGGGUUAGUAUUGGGGAGAUACUGUAGAGUUGAAUAACUGGGUUAGUAUUGGACCUCUGGAGGUUUGAAUAACUGGAUUAGUAUUGGACCUCUGGAGGAAUGAAUAACUGGGUUAGUAUUGGGGAGAUACUGUAGAGUUGAAUAACUGGGUUAUUAUUGGACCUCUGGAGGUUUGAAUAACUGGGUUAGUAUUGGACCUCUGGAGGGUUGAAUAACUGGGUUAGUAUUGGACCUCUGGAGGGUUGAAUAACUGGGUUAGUUUUGGACCUCUGGAGAGUUGAAUAACUGGGUUAGUGUUGGACCUCUGGAGAGUUGAAUAACUGGGUUAGUGUUGGACCUCUGGAGGGUUGAAUAACUGGGUUAGUGUUGGACCUCUGGAGGGUUAAAUAACUGGGUUAGUGUUGGACCUCUGGAGGAUUGAAUAACUGGGUUAGUAUUGGACCUCUGGAGGGUUGAAUAACUGGGUUAGUUUUGGACCUCCGGAGGGUUGAAUAACUGGGUUAGUAUUGGACCUCUGGAGGGUUGAAUAACUGGGUUAGUGUUGGUGGGUUGUAGACUAGCAGUGCUAAGCUACUCCUACUGUAUGGUUGUAGUAAAGCAGUAGCAGAGGAAGAAGGGCCUGGGGUCUGUUAGCUAGCUGGGGAUUCAUCAGCUAUUGGAAGUGUCAUGUUUUCACAGAGAUUAGCUGGUAAUACUCGGAACAAGGCGUUGACAUGUGGUUCAAUAAGGAAAGAACUCUCUGUCUCUUAUCAUAAUGUCUGUUUGGCUGUGUCCCAAAUGGCACCCUAUCCAUAUAUAGUACACUAGAUCCCAUAGGGCUCUGGUCACAAGUAGUGAACUGUAUAGGGAAUAGGGUGCCAUUUGGGACUCACGAUUUGCCUUCAGCACUACUUAUAGGUCUCCUCUCCUCUCCUCUCCUCUCCUCUCCCUCCUCUCCUCUCCUCUCCUCUCCUCUCCUCUCCCUCUCUCUCCUCUCGUCCUCUCCUCUCCUCUCCUCUCCUCUCCUCUCCUCUCCUCUCCUCUCCUCUCCUCUCCUCUCCUCUCCUCUCCUCUCCUCUCCUCCCCUCCCCUCCCCUCCCCUCCCCUCCCCUCCUCUGCCUCUCCCUCCUCUCCUCUCCUCUCCUCUCCUCUCUCUCCCUCCUCUCCUCGUCCUCUCUCUCCUCUCCUCUCCUCUCCUCUCCUCUCCGCUCUCCUCUCCUCUCUCUUCUCUCCUCCUCGUCCUCUCCUCCUCGUCCUCUCCUCUCCUCUCCUCUCCCUCCUCUCCUUCCUCUCCUCCUCUCCUCUCCUCUCUUCUCUCUCCUCUCUUCUCUUCUCUCUGUAUUGAAGGAACACUUCUUACCUCAAGGCUUUUAUAAACAGUUAUCUGUUUUAAUCUUUCGAAGAAUAUCUGUCUUUCCACGAUCUCCUUGGGGAUAUGAAACAUCGACUCACAUUACAUAAAUGCAAUCCUCUGGUAUUGAUAUAAACUGUAUAUAUCACUGAUGUUAUGCCAAGUGACAGUCAGGGCUACUGUCUUCUAGUAUUGUCUCUGUUAGGUUCUAGGGUUGUAUUUCUCUGCGUCUUUGAAACCAGUGGAAAUCAAUUCCACAAAAUAAACAUUGUUUUUGAGAUAAUCAAUUCAAUUCAAAAUACUUUAUUCAUCCCAUAAGGGGCAAUUAUGUAGGCACCAUUUCAGAUACAUAAAAACUAACUACACUGAGUGGACAAAACAUUACGAACACCUGCUCUUUCCAUGACAGACUGACCAGCUGAAUCCAGGUGAAAGCUAUGAUCCCUUAUUGAUGUCACUUGUUAAAUCCACUUCAAUCAGUGUAGGUGAAGGGGAGGAGACAUGUUAAAGAAGGAUUUUUAAGCCUUGAGACAAUUGAGACAUGGAUUGUGUAUGUGUGCCAUUCAGAGGGUAAAUGGGCAAGACAAAAGAUUUAAGUGUAUUUGAACGGGGUAUGGUAGUAGGUGCCAGGCGCACCGGUUUGUGUCAAGAACUGCAACGCUGCUGGGUUUUUCACACUCAACAGUUUCCCGUGUGUAGCAAGAUUGGUCCACCACCCGAAGGACAUCCAGCCAACUUGACACAAGUGUCAGAAGCGUUUGGGUUCAACAUGGGCCAGCAUCCCUGUGGUCCAUGCCCCGAAGAAUUCAGGCUGUUCUGAGGGCAAGGGGGGGGGGGGGGGUGCAACUCAAUAUUAGGAAGGUGUAUUAGGAAGGUGUUCUUAAUGUUUGGUAUACUCAGUGUACAAGAAUAUACAACAUAAACACAACUUCACAGCACCAAUAGUUAUUAAAAGUAGUUUAAUAAAAUAGUUAUUAUAUUUAAAGCGUUACGUGUUAUUUACAUUUACGUCGUUUAGCAGACGCUCUUAUCCAGAGCGACUUACAUGAGCAAUUAGGGUUAAGUGCCUUGCUCAAGGGCACAUCGGCAGAUUUUUCACCUAGUCGGCUCGGGGAUUAGAACCAGCGACCUUUCGGUUACUGGCACAACGCUCUUAACCACUAAGCUACCUGCCGCCCCAUGAUCGAAGUUGUUAUGUUAUGAUCAAAGUGUAGUAAAAUCAAAUGUAGUAUUCAUCCACAUUUUAGCCCUAUAGGCUAACGGUAGCCGGAGUGAUUUGGUGUAGGUCAUUCUAGCAGACCACAGUAGAAGGAUCAGGGUGGUGUCUUUAGAUGGCACCCUAUCCCCUAGCUUCCAUAGGGCUUUGGUCAAAAGUAGUGCACUAUGUAGGGAAUAGGGUGCCAUUUGCCAGUAUGAAAAAAAGUAUGAAAAUGUAUGCACUCACUAACUGUAAGUCGCUCUGGAUAAGAGCAUCUGCUAAAUGACUAAAAUGUAUUUAAAAAAUAAUUGGGUAUACAGCCUCAUUUGGGUCCAUAUCCUCACUCAGAAUAGUGUUCUACCUCAGAGACAGCUAUUGUAGUCUCAACACACACACACACACACACACACACACACACACACACACACACACACACACACACACACACAGCUGUCGAAAAUCUCUGGAAAGUACUAGGCCCUUCCCUUAAGUAUCCUAUAAUUCAAGGAUUUUAUGCUUUCGCCAGAACAACCAGGGCCUAGCCUUUGGGAAUUACUCAUCAAGGACUGUAUUUUACUAAAUACAAAUUAGAUACCACAUUCAUUGCAGCAAGCAUCUUUAUGUAUUAAAAUAAAAUAAACUAAUUAAUUUUUGUUCAAAACAAAAGUCUACAUAUUUCUUGAGAAGGCUGCUCUGUUCUCCCAGGAAGGUACCGUUUAAUAGAUUUGUGAACAUGCCUUUGAUUUUAGAUAAAAGCAAAUUCCUCACUUCGUUAAUAUAUGAUAUAAUAGUAUUAUUAUUAUUAUUAUUAUUAUUAUAUGAUAAUAAUAUACUGUCUGUAUUCAUGCCUCUUUUAGAAUAUACACUAUAUAAUGAUUAAUUGUUCUAGCAAAAACAGCAAGAAUUUAAAUUCACAAACAAAACACGUCCAAAAUCCUAGUUAACCAAUCAGUACGCUAUGCAGCACACAUAUACACACAGCUCCAACUAGGAUGUAAAACCAAAGGACCGUGAGUGACUUAGAACCUUGAACCUCCCUCGCCAAACGUUUUUACGCCCACCGCCCAACCCAUCUUUAUUAGUCAAACUAUUUCCACCCUUUUAGCUUCCUGAAAUCUGUUUUCUGUUUUAUUUUCCGCUGCCCUGUACGUUAGCAGCAUCUAGCAACGCUUUCACGCUUUAACAUCACCCUAACGACACCCUAAUGACGCCGGAGGGGAUGGCUGCCGUUUUAUGGACUCAUAACCAACCGCGCUAUUUUGUGUUUUUUUCCGCAUUGUUUGUAACUUGUUGUGUACAUAAUGUUGCUGCUACCGUCUCUUAUGACCAAAAAGAGCUUCUGGACAUCAGAACAGCGAUUACUCACCUUGAACUGGACUAAUCAUUUUUCUUUAAUGAGUCAAACGAGAGGGAUUUGCUCCAGACACCCGACAGGGCCCUCAUUCCUGUCAUUCGCAGUAGAAAGAAAAGGAGAUAUCGCGGUGCUUGGUAAGGAGCCAGCGACGAGUGGCUAAUCAACUUACAAUCGCUUGAUAAUAAAGUGGAUGCACUACAAGCACGUACAGUUGAAGUCGGAAGUUUACAUACACCUUAGCCAGAUACAUUUAAACUCAGUUUUUCAUAAUUCCUGACAUUUAAUCCUAGUAAAAAUGCCCUGUCUUAGGUCAGUUAGGAUCACCACUUUAUUUUAAGAAUGUGAAAUGUCAGAAUACUUGUAGCGAGAAUGAUUUAUUUCAGCUUUUAUUUAUUUCAUCACAUUCCCAGUGGGUCAGAAGUUUACAUACACUCAAUUAGUAUUUGGUAGCAUUGCCUUUAAAUUGUUUAACUUGGGUCAAAUAUUGUGGGUAGCCUUCCACAAGCUUCCCACAAUAAGUUGGGUGAAUUUUGUCCCAUUCCUCCUGACAGAGCUGGUGUAACUGAGUCAGGUUUGUAGGCCUCCUUGCUCGCACACACUUUUUCAGUUCUGCCCACAAAUGUUCUAUAGGAUUGAGGUCAGGGCUUUGUGAUGGCCACUCCAAUACCUUGACUUUGUUGUCCUUAAGCCAUUUUGCCACAACUUUGGAAGAAUGCUUGGGGUCAUUGUCCAUUUGGAAGACCAAUUUGCGACCAAGCUUUAACUUCCUGACUGAUGUCUUGAGAUAUUGCUUCAAUAUAUCCACAUAAUUUUCCUUCCUCAUGAUGCCAUCUAUUUUGUGAAGUGCACCAGUCCCUCCUGCAGCAAAGCACCCCCACAGCAUGAUGCUGCCAUCCCCGUGCUUCACGGUUGGGAUGGUGUUCUUCGGCUUGCAAGCAGACCCCCUUUUUCCUCUAAACAUAACGAUGGUCAUUAUGGCCAAACAGUUAUAUUUUUGUUUCAUCAGACCAGAGGACAUUUUUCCACAAAGUACAAUCUUUGUCCCCAUGUGCAGUUGCAAACCAUAGUCUGGCUUUUUUAUGGCGGUUUUGGAACAGUGGCUUCUUCCUUGCUGAGCAGCCUUUCAGGUUAUGUCGAUAUAGGACUAAUUUUACUGUGGAUAUAGAUAAUUUUGUCCCUGUUUCCUCCAGCAUCUUCACAAGGUCCUUUGCUGUUGUUCUGGGAUUGAUUUGCACUUUUCGCACCAAAGUACGAUCAUCUCUAGGAGACAGAAUGCGUCUCCUUCCUGAGCAGUAUGACGGCUGCGUGGUCCCAUGGUGUUUAUACUUGCGUACCAUUGUUUGUACAGAUUAAUGUGGUACCUUCAGGCAUUUGGAAAUUCCCCAAGGAUGAACCAGACUUGUGGAGGUCAACAUUUUUUUUAAAUGAGGUCUUACCUGUGUGAGAAUGCUAUUAAUUGACUACAGCUCAGUGAUCAACACCAUAGUGCCCUCAAAGCUCAUCAAUAAGCCAAGGACCCUGGUACUAAACACCUCCCUCUGCAACUGGAUCCUGGACUUCCUGACGGGCCGCCCCCAGGUGGUAAGGGUAGGUAACAACACAUCCUCCACGCUGAUCCUCAACACGGGGGCCCCUCAGGGGUGUGUGCUCAGUCCCCUCCUGUACUCCCUGUUCACUCAUGGCUGCAUGGCCAGGCACGACUCCAACACCAUCAUUACGUUUUGCAGAUGACACAACAGUGGUAGGCCUGAUCACCAACAACGACGAGACAGCCUAUAGGGAGGAUGUCAGAGACCUGGCCGUGUGGUACCAGGACAACAACCUCUCCCUCAACAUGAUCAAGACAAAGGAGCUGAUUGUGGACUACAGGAAAAAGAAGAGGACUGAGCAUGCCCCCAUUCUCAUCGACAGGGUUGUAGUGGAGCAGGUUGAGAGCUUCAAGUUCCUUGGUGUCCACAUCACCAACAAACUAACAUGGUCCAAGCACAUCAAGACAGUCGUGAAGAGGGCACAACAAAACCUAUUCCCCCUAAGGAGACUGAAAAGAUUUGGCAUGGGUCCUCAGAUCCUCAAGAGCAUCCUGACUUGUUGCAUCACUGCCUGGUAUGGCAACUGCUCAGCCUCCGACUGCAAGGCACUACAGAAGGUAGUGCGUACGGCCCAGUACAUCACUGGGGCCAAGCUUCCUGCCAUCCAGGACCUAUAUACUAGGCGGUGUCAGAGGAAGGCCCUAAAAAUUGUCAAAGACUCCAGCUACCCUAGUCAUAGACUGUUCUCUCUGCUACCGCACGGCAAGCGGUACCGGAGCGCCAAGUCUAGGUCCAAGAUGCAAAUGCAAUGCAAAUAGUCCGGGUAGCCAUGAUUAGCUGUUCAGGAGUCUUAUGGCUUGGUGGUAGAAGCUGUUAAGUGGCCUUUUGGACCUAGACUUGGUGCUCCGGUACCACUUGCCGUGCGGUAGCAGAGAGAACAGUUUAUGACUAGGGUGGCUGGAGUCUAGAAGGUUAGCCUUCCUCGACUAACCGGUUCCCCCGCACAUUGACUCGGUACCGGUACCCCCUGUAUAUAGCCUUGCUUUUGUUAUUUUUUACUGCUGCUCUUUAAUUAUUUGUUACUUUUAUUUUGUAUUAUUUUAUAUAUAUAUAUAUAUAUAUAUAUAUAUAUAUAUAUAUAUAUAUAUGGUUAAGGGCUUGUAAGUAAGCAUUUCACGGUAAGGUCUACACAUGUUAUAUUCGGCGCAUGUGACACAUCAAAUUUGAUUUUGAACAUCAGAUCAGCAGUUACUUACCCGAAUUCCGGCUUCUACUUCGACUCAUCUGCCCUGGGCUUUUUCCUGUAUCUCCGACCCAAUUUUCGGCAUAUCCAAGAGGAAACGCCGGUGUUACAGAGGCAAGAGCGGGGGGAUCUUGGUGAGAUUAAGGCGAAGGGAGAACUGGCCACCUCCUCCCUCCAUUCUAUUGGCCAAUGUACAGUCACUUUAUAAUAAGAUGAAUGACCUCAGAUUGCGGAUUUGCUACUAACAGGAUUCUCGUAACUACAAUAUUCUCUGCUUUUCUGAAACAUGGCUGUCCAACUCAAUGGAUUCUCCAUUCACCGAGCUGACAGGACAGUAAUGGGAAUUCGAGAGGGGGAGGGGUGUGCCUCUUCAUCAACAAUACAUAUGGAAUAGUAGCUGCUGCCUUGACAGGAACUAAUGGGGAUCCAUAAUAAACCCCAGGAAGAGUAGUUGCUGCCUUGGCAGGAACUAAUGGGGGUCCAUAAUAAACCCCAGUAAGAGUAGCUGCUGCCUUGGCAGGAACUAAUGGGGAUCCAUAAUAAAUACAAAUAUAAUACAAGCAAGCCCUCCCUCGUCCGCCAUUCAGCAAAUCAGAUCAUGACUCUGUACCCCUGCUUACUGUUUACAAGCAGAAGCUCAAACAGGAAGUAUCCGUGACUCGCUCCGAUGAGAAAUGGUCAUCAGAAUCACAGAUUAUGCUACAUGACUGCUUUCCUAGUGCUGAUUGGAAUAUGUUCUCAGACUCCGCCGCUAACAUCGACGAGUUAACCACCUCCGUCACCGGCUUCAUAAGGACAUGCAUUGGCGAUGUUGUCCCCACAGUGAAGGUUCGCUGCUUCCCCAAUCAAAAGUCCUGGAUUAACACAGAGUUUGGCACUAAGCUAAAGGACAGGGCUUCCACACACAGGGCUAUCGCAGACAACCCUAAGGCUACGGCUGAGGACAGGAACAAGUACAAGGAGUCCCCCUACGAACUCCGCAGAGUCAUCAAACAAGCAAAAGGACAAUAUAGGAAUAAGGUGGAAUCAUAUGGGCUCCCGGGUGGCGCAGUGGUCUAAGGCACUGCAUCUCAGUGCUUGAGGCGUCACUACAGACCCCCCUGGUUCGAUUCCAGGCUGUAUCACAACCGGCCGUGAUUGGGAGUCCCAUAGGGCGGCGCACAAUUGGCCCAGCGUCGUCCGGGUUUGGCCGGUGUAGGCCGUCAUUGUAAAUAAGAAUUUGUUCUUAACUGACUUGCCUAGUUAAAUAAAGAUAAAAAAAUAAAAUAAAAUAUUCCACAGGCUCCGACGCCCGUCGCAUAUGGCAGGGGCUACAGUCCAUUACGGAUUACAGAGGAAGACCCAGCCGUGAUCUGCCCAACAAUGCCUCUCUAGCAGACGAACUCAAUGCAUUUUAUGCACACUUCAACAAUAACAACACCAUACCGUGCGUGAGGGCCUCCAUCGAACCAGAGGACUGGGUGAUUUCGCUCUCCGAGGCCGACGUGAGUAAGGUCUUUAAUCAGGUCAACACUCGCAAGGUGUUCCAGGGCGCGUUCUCAGAGCAUGCGCAUAUCAGCUGGCAGGCAAAUUCUGUGAUCCAUAGACGACGCAAUCUCAAUUGCACUCCACACUGCCCUCACCCACCUAGACAAGAGGAAAACCUACAGUGGGGAAAAAAAUUAUUUAGUCAGCCACCAAUUGUGCAAAUUCUCCCACUUAAAAAGAUGAGAGAGGCCUGUAAUUUUCAUCAUAGGUACACGUCAACUAUGACAGACAAAUUGAGAGAGAAAAAAUCCAGAAAAUCACAUUGUAGGAUUUUUAAUGAAUUUAUUUGCAAAUUAUGGUGGAAAAUAAGUAUUUGGUCACCUACAAACAAGCAAGAUUUCUGGCUCUCACAGACCUGUAACUUCUUCUUUAAGAGGCUCCUCUGUCCUCCACUCGUUACCUGUAUUAAUGGCACCUGUUUGAACUUGUUAUCAGUAUAAAAGACACCUGUCCACAACCUCAAACAGUCACACUCCAAACUCCACUAUGGCCAAGACCAAAGAGCUGUCAAAGGACACCAGAAACAAAAUUGUAGACCUGCACUAGGCUGGGAAGACUGAAUCUGCAAUAGGUAAGCAGCUUGGUUUGAAGAAAUCAACUGUGGGAGCAAUUAUUAGGAAAUGGAAGACAUACAAGCCCACUGAUAAUCUCCCUCGAUCUGGGGCUCCACGCAAGAUCUCACCCCGUGGGGUCAAAAUGAUCACAAGAACGGUGAGCAAAAAUCCCAGAACCACACGGGGGGACCUAGUGAAUGACCUGCAGAGAGCUGGGACCAAAGUAACAAAGCCUACCAUCAGUAACACACUACGCCGCCAGGGACUCAAUUUCUGCAGUGCCAGACGUGUCCCCCUGCUUAAGCCAGUACAUGUCCAGGCCCGUCUGAAGUUUGCUAGAGUGCAUUUGGAUGAUCCAGAAGAGGAUUGGGAGAAUGUCAUAUGGUCAGAUGAAACCAAAAUAGAACUUUUUGGUAAAAACUCAACUUGUCGUGUUUGGAGGACAAAAAUGCUGAGUUGCAUCCAAAGAACACCAUACCUACUGUGAAGCAUGGGGGUGGAAACAUCAUGCUUUGGGUCUGUUUUUCUGAAAAGGGACCAGGACGACUGAUCCGUGUAAAGGAAAGAAUGAAUGGGGCCAUGUAUCGUGAGAUUUUGAGUGAAAACCUCCUUCCAUCAGCAAGGGCAUUGAAGAUGAAACGUGGCUGGGUCUUUCAGCAUGACAAUGAUCCCAAACACACCGCCCGGGCAACGAAGGAGUGGCUUCGUAAGAAGCAUUUCAAGGUCCUGGAGUGGCCUAGCCAGUCUCCAGAUCUCAACCCCAUAGAAAAUCUUUGGAGGGAGUUGAAAGUCCAUGUUGCCCAGCGACAGCCCCAAAACAUCACUGCUCUAGAGGAGAACUGCAUGGAGGAAUGGACCAAAAUACCAGCAACAGUGUGUGAAAACCUUGUGAAGACUUACAGAAAACGUUUGACCUGUGUCAUUGCCAACAAAGGGUAUAUAACAAAGUAUUGAGAAACUUUUGUUAUUGACCAAAUACUUAUUUUCCACCAUAAUUUGCAAAUAAAUUCAUUAAAAAUCCUACAAUGUGAUUUUCUGGAUUUUUUUUCUCAUUUUGUCUGUCAUAGUUGACGUGUACCUAUGAUGAAAAGUACAGGCCUCUCUCAUCUUUUUAAGUGGGAGAACUUGCACAAUUGGUGGCUGACUAAAUACUUUUUUCCCCCACUGUAUGUGAGAAUGUUGUUCAUUGACUACAGCUCAGCAUUCAACACCAUUGUCCCCUCCAAGCUAGUCACCAAGUUUAGGACCCUGGGACUGAACACCUCCCUCUGCAACUGGAUCCUGGCCUACCUGAUGGGCCGACCCCAGGUAGUGAGGUUAGGCAACCUCACCUCCGCCAUGCUGUCCCUCAACACGGGGGCCCCAUAGGGGUGUGUGCUUAGUCCCCUCCUGUAUUCCCUGUUCACCCACGACUGCGUGGCCAGGCACGACUCCCAACAGCAUCAUCAAGUUUGCUGACAACACAACGGUGGUAUGCCUGAUCACCGGUGACGAUGAGACAGCCUAUAGGGAGGAGGUCAGUGACCUGGCAGUGUGGUGCCGGGACAUCAACCUCUCCCUCAACGUCAGCAAGAACAAGGAGCUGAUCGUGGACUACAGGAAACGGGGGGCGAGCACGCCCCCAUCCACAUCGACGGGGCUGCAGUGGAGCAGGUCGAGAGCUUCAAGUUCCUCGGGGUCCCAAAUUACUUCAUUACUAGUUGGGGGAGAUCUGUUACGUUCUUCUCAGCUUAAUUCACUUCAGACUGAAUUGACCACUAGUCUGACAGUUGCGUGUUCUUGUCUUGUCUUGACGUCUGAAUGAUCUUGCACAAUUCAGGGCCUGAUGAUCAGCUGGGUCUAUUUCCAGACAUCUGCUAGACGGGGCUAAUUCACACCUCGUCACCACAGAGCGUUGGCUGGCGUUCAGGGUUGCUGUGCUUCUGAUAUCAACUUCUUACACCACUCGUAUACUCACACCUUGUGACAGCCAUCAGUUGGAUUUGAUGGCAUGGCAUAGCAUAGGUCUAUAAUUGGGUGUUUGCGACCAUUUUGUUGGCAGUGGGUGGCACGGUGCUGCCUCUUCUCUCUGGUUACUGGAUGUCUAAGAGACUGAGGUGGGUAGAGUACUGAAAACCUGCUCUUAACACUAGAAAAGCCUGGCCUCGAGGGACCCCCUUCGAGCCAAUGAUGAGUCUUUUGGACGUCAACAUUCUAACAGUCUAAAAAAUACAUUUCAUAUAUGCUAUUGCAAACAUUAAUCAGUUGGUUGUGUUUAUGAAGAUCUUAGGUAACAUUAGAAUACAGUUGGUUUAUUUCCUGCCUGUGCUGUUUCAGCCUCUGACAUGUGACGAUGCCACAGAAGGACCAGAGCAGAGCCCAGGAGCCUGAUUUAAAACACCAGGCUCUGGUCUAAAGUAGUGGACUAUAUACAGAAUAGGGGGUCGUUUCAGGUCUAAUAUAGUGGAUUAUAUACGGAAUAGGGGGUCAUUUCGGGUCUAAAGUAGUGGAUUAUAUAUACGGAAUAGGGGGUCGUUUCAGGUCUAAUAUAGUGGAUUAUAUACGGAAUAGGGGGUCAUUUUGGGUCUAAAGUAGUGGAUUAUAUACGGAAUAGGGGGUCAUUUCGGGUCUAAAGUAGUGGAUUAUAUAUACGGAAUAGGGGGUCAUUUCGGGUCUAAAGUAGUGGAUUAUAUACGGAAUAGGGGGUCAUUUCGGGUCUAAAGUAGUGGAUUAUAUACAGAAUAGGGGGUCAUUGCAGGUCUAAAGUAGUGGAUUAUAUAUACGGAAUAGGGGGUCGUUUCAGGUCUAAUAUAGUGGAUUAUAUACGGAAUAGGGGGUCAUUUCGGGUCUAAAGUAGUGGACUAUAUACAGAAUAGGGGGUCAUUUCAGAUGCAGCUUUCGUCUGACUGCAGCACUGGAAUGGUCUGAGAUCCGGAGCAACUAUUUGCAACUAUAUUUUUGGGCUAUUAGGGGCACCGUACAUUAGGUCAUACAGUGACGUGAAAAAGUAUUUGCUCCCUUUCUGAUUUUCUCUAUUUUUGCAUAUUUUUGAUACUGAAUGUUUUCAGAUCUUCAACCAAAGCCUAACAUUAGAUAAAGGCAACCUGAGUUUACAAAAAAUAAAUACAUAUAUAUUUAUACUUAUUUUAUUUAUUUAAUUAACAAAGUUAUGCAACACCCAAUUUUUCCCUGUGUGAAAAUAACUCAAUAACUGGUUGUGCCACCUUUAGCUGCAAUGACUGCAACCAAAUGCUUCCUGUAGUUGUUGAUCAGUCUCUCACGUCGCUGUGGAGGAAUUUUGGCCCACUCUUGCAUGCAUAACUGCUUUAACUCAGCGACAUUUGUGGGUUUUCAAGCAUGAACUGCUCCUUUCAAGUUCUGCCACAACAUCUCAAUUGGGAUUAGGUCUGGACUUUGACUAGGCCUUUCUAAAACUUCAAAUAACGGGACCCAUCUCAUCCAAAAAGUUGACUCAAGUUUGCCAAAAAGCACCUUGGAGCACCUGGAUGCUCAUUAAAGACUCUUGGAAGAAUGUUCUAUGGACAGAUGAGUCAAAUGUAUAACUUUUUGGAUGACAUGGUUCCAGUAAUGCCUGGCGAAAACCAAACUCUGCAUUCCACAGUAAGAACCUCAUACCAACGGUCAAGCAUGGUGGUGGUGGUGUGACGGUUUGGGGAUGCUUUGCUGCCUCAGGACCUGGACGACUUGCCUUAAUAGAAGGAACUGUGAAUUAUGCUCUGUAUCAGAGAAUUCUACAGGAGAAUGUCAGACCAUCCGUCUGUGAGCUGAAGCUGAAGCGCUGCUGGGUCAUGCAGCAAGACAAUGAUCCAAAACACACGAUCAAGUCUACAUGAAAAUGGCUAAAAAGCAAAAAGGUGAAGACUUGAAACGAGCAGUUAAUGCUUGAAAGCCCACAAAUGUCACUGAUAAAGCAGUUAUGCAUGGAAGAGUGGGAGAAAAUUCCUCCACAGCAACGUGAGAGACUGACCAACAACUACAGUCAUUGCAACUAAAGGGGGCACAACCAGUUAUUGAGUGUAAGGGGGCAAUUACUUUUUCACACAGGGGCAUUGGGUGUUGCAUAACUUUGUUUAUGAAAUAACUUACAUAAGUAUAUCAUUGUUGUGUUAUUUUGUUCACUCAGGUUCCCUUUAUCUAAUAUUAGAUCUGAUAACAUUCAGUAUCAAAAAUAUGCAAAAGUAGAGAAAAUUAGAAAGGGUGCAAAUAGCAUUGUAGCUACCAUCUGACCUGUAUUCUAAACUCACAUCAAUGCUUGUGAUUGUUAGGGAAAAGCAUUGCGGAUUAAAAUAAUAAUGUAAUUAAUUCCGUGAAGUUGCUUACUUUGCUAAAUGAUAACAGCUCCGGGCCCUUCAGUGACACCUUUACAGUGUGUUAUUGAUCCUGACUCUGAGCAGUGUGCACGUUGAGGAGGAUGAGAACGUGUGGAUGGUGCCUUCGCUGGUUCCAAUGAGAGAGCGAGGGAGAGGGAGAGAGGGACUAGUAACUCUACAUAACAGAGAGAGAGAGGGAGAGAGGGAGAGACGGAGAGAGAGAGAGAGGGAGAGAGGGAGAGACAAGGAUAGAAGAUAGAGACAGAGAGAGAGAGGGAGAGAGACGAGAGAGGGAGAGAGGAGAGACAGAGAGAGAGAGAGAGAGAGAGAGAGAGUACAGAGAGGGAAGAGAGGAUAGUAACUCUACAUAACUAAGAGAAAGAGAGUGUGUAUAGAUUGAGAGUACAUCAGAUAGAAAUAGAGAGAUAGAGAGAGAUAGACGUAAGAUUAUGACAUCAGAGCUACUUUCUCUUCUCUCCUCUUCGUCUCUCUCUCUCUGUCUGCUCUUUCUCUCUUCUCGCUCUCUUAUCCUUCGUCUCUCUUCUGCCUCUCGUCUCUCACUCCCCUGUCUGUCUCUCCUACUCAUGUCUGUCUCUCUCGUCUGCUCUGCCGUCUCUCCUGCUCUUUCUAUCCCGUCUUCUGCCUCAUUCUUUCUCUUCGUCCCUCUGUCUCCUGUCGCUCGCUCUGUCUAUGUCGCGCGCCUUCUGUCGUCUGUCUGCCUCUUCUGUCACUUUGUCUGUCUGUCUGUCUGCUGCCCUCCUUGUCUUCUUCUGUCCCUUUCUGUCGUCCCGUCUGUCUCUUUGCUGCCCUCUUCUUCUCUGUCCUGCUGCUUCUGUCUGCGGCGCCUGGUUACCUUUCGUCUGCUUAAAUUGGGCUCCUCUCCUCUGUCCGCGUCCUCCUCUCUUCUCCUCCUCUCCUCUCCUCUCCUCUCCUCUCCUCUCCUCUCCUCUCCUCUCCUCUCCUCUCCUCUCCUCUCCUCUCCUCUCUCUCCUCUCCUCCUCUCCUCUCCUCUCCUCUCCUCUCCUCUCCUCCCCUCUCCUCUCCUCUCCUCUCCUCUCCUCUCCUCUCCUCUCCUCUCCUCUCCUCUCCUCUCCUCUCCUCUCCUCUCCUCUCCUCUCCUCUCCUCUCCUCUCCUCUCCUCCUCUUCCUCUUCCUACUUUGUGUCAUCUGCUGAUGUAAAAAGGGCUUUAUAAAAUAUUAGGGAUGUGCAUCUUUCCCUUUCAUGAUGAUACGUAGGCUAAGUGGGUGGGUGGGUGGGUGGGUGGGUGGGUGGGUGGGUGGAUGGGUUGGGUGGGUGGGUGUAUGGGUGGGUGGGUGGGUGGGUGGGUGUAUGUAUGCACUGGCUGAGCCAUAAGGGAAACUGGGAAUCUACCACCCCACUAUCAGUUAGGGGGAAAUCACCAUCGCCCAAUAAUUAAUUUGUCAUUUCUGUAGAUUAAAAGUGUUAGAGCUAUUAAUGUAUCAAUAUUUAUCUUUAAAAAUGUGUAGCACAACUUUAGAUUUCACCCGCUUCUCAUAAUGGAAUGGUUUAAUGCAGGCCCACGUUGACUCCAAUGCUUCCUACAGUUGUGUCAAGUUGGCUGGAUGUCCUUUGGGUGAUGGACCAUUCUUGAUACACACGGGAAACUAUUGAGCGUGAAAAACCCUGGCACCUACUACCAUACCCCUUUCAAAGACUCUUAAAUAUUUUAUCUUGCCCAUUCACCCUCUGAAUGGCACACAUACACAAUCCAUGUCUCAAUUGUCUCAAGGCUUAAAAAUCCUUCUUUAACCAGUCUCCUCCCCUUCAUCUACACUGAUUGAAGUGGAUUUAACAAGUGACAUCAAUAAGGGAUCAUAGCUUUCACCUGGAUUCACCCGGUCAGUCUAUGUCAUGGAAAGAGCAGGUGUUCAUAAUGUUUUGUCCACUCAGGGUACAAAGUGUACACGUUUCUUUUUUAAUCAAUAAUAAUAAUAAUAAUAUGCCAUUUAGCAUUUUUGUGUAUGGGUUGGUCCCGGGGAUCGAACCCACUACCUUGGCGUUACAAGCGCCGUUCUCUACCAGCUGAGCUACAGAGGAAGUAUCUCCUCGUGGUUUAGCUUGUUGUGUGUGUUCAGUGUGCAGGUCGUGUGGUGUUGUUUGGCAAAACAUAUACACUUUCCAAAACAAAAAUCAUCCAGGAAGUAGAGUGGUCAUCCAGGAAGUAGAGUGGUCCAGGGUUUAGCAGAUUAUGUUGCAGAGGAAGAGAUGAGGAUUCUCCUGUGGUGUGUGUUUGGAUAAAAUAUAACCUUUAGGGACUCAUUCAAAUCACCCCUGAUUUGACUGUAGUUGUUUGGUCAAAGAGAGAGGAUCCGCCACGGUUUUACUUUAACACCAAAUUAUACCUCCGAUAGGCAACAGUGUGUAUUAAGAAGGGAAGUGGAGGACCCCAGUGGGUUGAUUCUCAGACUAUGAACCUGAGCGAAUCCCCAUUAUGGCCACCGUGUGUUGAAAUAGACAUCAUUGGGGUUUUAGGCUGGGUAUCUGCAGAUGUAAAAAGGGCUGUGUCAAAUGAAGUUGAUUUGAAUUUGUCAUAAGAAGGACCACAAUGGUGGACAGAGCUCUCACCUCAACAGACAAACAGCCAAACCUUUCUCUAAAAUGUAGUGUGAAGUGUAGUUGAUGUAAUUAUACUGUAAGAAGAGAGGGGUUGGAGAUGGUUCAUCUCUUGACUGUCCCAGUGAUUUGUGUAGUCAUCUGUAGAGCUGUUUUUCUCCCCCUCUCCUCUCCUCUCCUCUCCUCUCCUCUCCUCUCCUCUCCUCUCCUCUCCUCCUCUCCUCUCCUCUCCUCUCCUCUCCUCUCCUCUCCUCUCCUCUCCUCUCCUCUCCUCUCCUCUCCUCCCCCUCCCUUUUCCUCCUCCAUCUCUCCUCUCCUUUUCCUCCUCUCCUCUCCUCUCCUCUCCUCGUCCUCUCCCUCUCCCUCCUCUCCUCCCCCUCUCCUCGUCCUCUCCCUCUCGCCUCUCCUCCCUCUCCUUCCCCCUGCCUUUUCCUCCCCCCUUCUCUCCCCCUUUUCCCCCCCUCGCACCUCUUAUUUUCCUUAUCUUUUGCAGGGGACUGCAUACCCCAAAUGCUGACCCAGUUUCUUAACACGCACACUCUAACACAAUACACUUACAAAACAUACAGGAACACUCGCUUACAGACAUAGAGUACACACACACACACACACACACACAUACACACACCCACACUCACAACAAAACAAAAAAAACCACCCACAUUUUUCCCAAUGUCAUAUCGGGUAAUGUAAAACCCCCAAUAAUCAAAAGGUAAAUAUCAGGGUUACGAAUAUCAGGGUAAUGUAUUAUCAGUGUUACAUAAAAUCAGGGUAAUGUAAUAUCAGUGUUAUGUAAUAUCAGUGUUAUGUAAUAUCAGGGUAAUGUAAUAUCAGGGUAAUGUAAUAUCAGGGUAAUGUACUGUCAGGAUAAUGUAAUAUCAGUGUUAUGUAAUAUCAGGGUAAUGGAAUAUCAGGGUAAUGCAAUAUCAGGGUAAUGUAAUUUUUGCAAAUGUAUAAAAAAUGUAAAACAGAAAUACCUUAUUUACAUAAGUAUUCAGACCCUUUGCUAUGAGACUCAAAAUUGAGCUCAGGUGCAUCCUGUUUCCAUUGAUCAUCCUUGAGAUGUUUCUACAACUUGAUUGGAGUCCACCUGUGGUAAAUUCAAUUGAUUAGACAUUAUUUGGAAAAGCACACACCUGUCUAUAUAAGGUCCCAAAGUUGACAGUGCAUGUCAGAGCAAAAACCAAGCCAUGAGUUUGAGGGAAUUGUCCGUAGAGCUCCGAGACAGGAUUGUGUCGAGGCACAGAUCUGGGGAAGGGUACCAAAACAUUUCUGCAGCAUUGAAGGUCCCCAAGAACACAGUGGCCUCCAUCAUGCUUAAAUGGAAGAUGUUUGGAACCACCAAGACUCUUCCUAGAGCUGGCCGCCCGGCCAAACUGAGCAAUCGGGGGAGAAGGGCCUUGGUCAGGGAGGUGACCAAGAACCCGAUGGUCACUCUGACAGAGGUCCAGAGUUCCUCUGUGGAGAUGGGAGAACCUUCCAGAAGGACAACCAUCUCUGCAGCACUCCACCAAUCAGGCCUUUAUGGUAGAGUGGCCAGACGGAAGCCACUCCUCAGUAAAAGGCACAUGACAGCCUGCUUGGAGUUGAAAAACAUCUCCACAGCAUGACGCUGCCACCAACAUGCUUCACCGUAGGGAAGGAUGCCAGGUUUUCUCCAGAUGUGACGCUUGGCAUUCAGGCCAAAAGGCACCAAAAUGGACUUUCAGACCAUGAGAAACAAGAUUAUCUGGUCUGAUGAAACCAGAUUGAACUCUUUGGCCUGAAUGCCAAGCGUCACAUUUGGAGAAAACCUGGCAUCCUUCCCUAUGGUGAAGCAUGGUGGUGGCAGCAUCAUGCUGUGGGGAUGUAUUUCAACGGCAGGGACUGGGAGACUAGUCAGGAUCGAGAGAAAGAUGAACGGAGCAAAGUACAGAGAGAUCCUUGAUGAAAACCUGCUCCAGAGCGCUGAGGACCUCAGACUGGGGCGACCCUAAGCACACAGCCAAGACAACUCAGGAGUGGCUUCGGGACAAGUCUCUGAAUGUCCUUGAGUGGCCCAGCCAGAGCCCGGACUUGAACCCGAUCUAACAUCUCUGGAGAGACCUGAAAAUAGCUGUGCAGCGACGCUCCCUUUCCAACCUGACAGAGCUUGAGAGGAUCUGCAGAGAAGAAUGGGAGAAACUCCCCAAAUACAGGUGUGCCAAGCUUGUAGCGUCACACCCAAGAAGACUUGAGGCUGUACAAUCAACCAACAAUCCCUCUAAUGUUUGGGUAAAGCAGAUUUUUCACACCCGAGGAAAAUGCUGGAAAACAUUCAUAUAAACAAAUGUUAUAUAGGCGCAAAAAAACUAUAUAAAAGUAUUUAAUACAAAUACAAAAUAAAAGUGUUUAAUUAUUGCUUAUGGGGUAGGGAAGUGUCAUGUGUUUUGUAACAAAUAACACAAUAAUAAUUUUAUCACAUAUAUAUUCAGUUAGUAAACAACACAACACUGUAAAAAAAACAAACAAACAAAAAAAAACAUUUUACUGCCCAUAUCCAGUGUGUGACACUAAAACAUCUUAUUUGAUCUUAUUUUUAUUAAUCUUGCUUCACAUUAUGGAUUAUUCAUGCCAUCAGUGUUUGUAGUCCAUAUGUGAUCCUAAUGUAGAAGUUAAUGUAUGUCGCUAAGUCCUCUACUCUUAUGACCCGUGAUUCCCCUCAGUGUAAGUGACAGAUCAGCAACAAUCCUUGUAAUGUUUGUGUAAAACAGAUUUCUUUAAGCCGCUAUAAUCACUCGAUUAUUACAGAAACAACAAAUGCUGCCGUAAAAAAUAAAAAAAAUAAAAAAAUGAUCCCAAUCCAAUAACUAUCCAAUAACUAUCCAAUUCCACGUGAACCCACGCAAAUGUUAACGCAGCUCAAUGCAGGCCUGGCAUGCUCACUCUGUUAUAAGCUAGCUGCUGUUAUUAUUCUCUGUGCUUAUCCCUCUGUCAAUAAGUGAUUGUAGUUUAACAGCUACAACAGUUUAUGUACAGAGUUGGACAAACAGACAGGAUGUUAGAUUGUUGAGCUUCAGCUCAGCAAAGCCCUCUUUAAAAACCCUCUCUCUCUCUCUCUCUCUCUCUCUCUCUCUCUCUCUCUCUCUCUCUCUUCUCUCUCUCUCCUCUCUCUCCUCUCUCUCUCUCUCUCUCUCUCUCUCUCUCUCUCCUCUUUCUGUCUCAUGUCUCUCUAACUAUCUCUCUCUCUUUCUCUCUGGCUCUGUCUCUCUCUCUCUCUCUCUCUCUCUCUGUCUCUUCUCUCUUCAUCUCUCUCUCUCCUCUCUCUCUCUCUCUCUCUCUCUCUCUCUCUCUCUCUCCUCUCUCUCUCUCUCUCUCUCUCUCUCUCUCUCUCUUCUCUCUCUCUCUCUCUCUCUCUCUCUCUCUCUCUCUCUCUCUCUCUCUCUCUCUCUCUCUCUCUCUCUCUCUCUCUUUCUCUCUGUCUCUUGAGCUCAGCUCAGGAAUCUGAGUACCGAUGCAGUGAGCCAUUUACCCACUGUCACUAAAGAUAAUGUAUGAUUUAAAGCCCAUCAUGGUUUAAUAUGUGGAUAAGCAUACCUGAGAGUGAUUAAGCUCUAUUGUUCAGCCACUGCUGAUUGUGCAGGACAGAUGUUAAUCCACGGUAAAUACAUACAACCAGAAUGAUAUUGUAAUGUGUUACCUGUAUACCACAGUAUCAUAAUGGGUUUAUAAUAUGGUGUUAAGCUGUUAUAGUAUGGUAACAUGCUGUAAGUAAAACAUAACGGAUAAUAUAAUGCUGAUGAGGCAACAACAGAGCAUUCUGUAGCUCAGGGGCUCAUGGGUGGAUUAUAGCAUCUAUUCUGUAAGGUCAUGGAUGGAUUAUAGCAACUAUUCUGUAAGGUCAUGGAUGGAUUAUAGUAUUUAUUCUGUAAGGUUUUCUCUCAUUCACCAGACUGACCUUCUCUCAUUCACCAGACUGACCUUCUCUCAUUCACCAGACUGACCUUCUCUCAUUCACCAGACUGACCUUCUCUCAUUCACCAGACUGAUCUUCUCUCAUUCACCAGACUGAUCUUCUCUCAUUCACCAGACUGAUCUUCUCUCAUUCACCAGACUGAUCUUCUCUCAUUCACCAGACUGAUCUUCUCUCAUUCACCAGACUGAUCUUCUCUCAUUCACCAGACUGACCUUCUCUCAUUCACCAGACUGAUCUUCUCUCAUUCACCAGACUGACCUUCUCUCAUUCACCAGACUGAUCUUCUCUCAUUCACCAGACUGACCUUCUCUCAUUCACCAGACUGAUCUUCUCUCAUUCACCAGACUGACCUUAGGAAUGUAGAAGUUGAGUGGCUGUAACAUAAUGACAAUAAGACCAAUACCAUUACAGUAGCCAGACUAAUAAGACCAAUACCAUUACAGUAGCCAGACUAAUAAGACCAAUACCAUUACAGUAGCCAGACUAAUAAGACCAAUACCAUUACAGUAGCCAGACUAAUACGACCAAUACCAUUACAGUAGCCAGACUAAUAAGACCAAUACCAUUACAGUAGCCAGACUAAUAAGACCAAUACCAUUACAGUAGCCAGACUAAUAAGACCAAUACCAUUACAGUAGCCAGACUAAUAAGACCAAUACCAUUACAGUAGCCAGACUAAUAAGACCAAUACCAUUACAGUAGCCAGACUAAUAAGACCAAUACCAUUACAGUAGCCAGACUAAUAAGACCAAUACCAUUACAGUAGCCAGACUAAUAAGACCAAUACCAUUACAGUAGCCAGACUAAUAAGACCAAUACCAUUACAGUAGCCAGACUAAUAAGACCAAUACCAUUACAGUAGCCAGACUAGCAUGCCUAAGUUAAAGGGUGACUUAACUUCCUGUUUUGGUCUCGUUUUGAAGAUUUGCUCAUUAAGAAAUGCUAGCGGCCAUUACUGAAGCCAAACAAGAGUUGUCUUGGGGGUGUGGUUUGAUGUGGGUGUGUUAUGUUCGCAUAUCAUAAAAAUGGCAGGUACUGUUGUUUGUCCCUCCUGAGUCACCGUAGCAACAACAUAGCCACUUCCUAAAAAUAGUCACUUCCUUAAAAAUAGUCAGAAGUAGUCUUAGAUAAAUCAAGAAAUCUGUAAUUAAUUUAGACGUUUUUCCCGAGGAGCUCUUAGUCACACACUUUUACAUCUAGCUAAGGUGUUUGGUGCAGUAUGUCUCAAGUUAAAACAUUUACAUGAAAAAACGAGUCAGUGCAUUGCGGACAAUCUAUCGAGUCAGGAAAGUCUGGCUGCGCGGCUCAGGACUGAUUUCUGAGAACUAUACCAUGCUACAACUUCAUCAUCAGUAAACUGUCAAAACUAUCCUAAAUAAAGCACAAUCUACAUGCUGUUUAUCAUCAUUGACCAAAAUCACUAGCUAGCAAGCUAAGUUCCAUCUCUGUGAUUGUCAAUGAAGCUAGCUAGUAGUAGCUAGCAGGCACAUUGAGCAGGCCGGCCACAAUCAGCUUAUCGAGUCACUGGCGAGUGGUGACGUGACUAUCUAUUACCAGAGUGUACGUACGUAGACGUACUCUCUCGAACUCUCUCUCUCUUACAGAGUGUACGUACAUGUGUACGUCUGGCAGUCUUUCAUAGGGAAUCACGUUACAAAACAGGCCGCGGGGCGACACAAGAUGCUCGUGAAUGGGUUUUGGAAUAUUGACAAGUUGCAGUUGGGAUACAAGUGCGCUCUGAUCGUCUCAAUUCUAAUUUUGCACCAAAAAGUGGCAGACUAGAGUGAUCACUAUCAAACACAUCAGCAAGUGGCCACUCCAUAAAGGGCUUAGGGUCUAGGGUUAUUUCAACAUAACAUUGGUGACGUGUUGUCUUAUGUAAACAAGUCUGAGGCGCUGCGUAAUGGGCAGGUCUGUCUCACUGUCUGGAGGUUCUGGCUGCUAUGAUUGGAUAUAGAGCGCUCACAGCUGAUAGAGUGCUCACAGCUGAUAAAGCGCUCACGGCUGAUAGUAGCCACUGGGCAAGUGGGUAUGAUCCAAAAUCAGACCCAACCCUCCAGUAAGUCGUUACAAACUCAUUUACAAAACUCAGUUUUGAACGAGACUGACUUUAUAACCAAAAUGAUCCUAUUUACACUUUGUAGUAAAUCUUGACACUAGAAUUAAUGUUUCUGACUCAUAUCAAUGCCACAUAGGCGGUUUAAAACCAGAGAAGUUGGUUCUAAGGGUCAGUUGACCUUUAAAGGCCCAGUGCAGUCUAAAAUGUGAUGUUCCUGUGUUUUAUAUACAUUUCCACAAUAUGAGGUUGGAAUAAUACUGUGAAAUUGUUAAAAUUAUGAUAAUGCCCUUUUAGUGGAAGAUCUGUUUUAAAGAACACCUGAAAUGUCAGCCUGUUGUGGUGGGAUGGAGUUUUGGCCCGCCUUGUGACAUCACCAGGUGGCAAAUUAAUUAAUAGACCAAUAAGAACGUGAGUUCCAAACCUCUCUGCCAAUAACAGCUAGUUUUCAGUUUUCCCUUGCCCACUCAAACCACUCCCAGACAGUCCUAGCAAAAUUAUUGCUUGAGAAAUUAGUCUUUGCUAAGUAGAUCAUUUUGUUUAUGUUUUACCGUUUGAAUUGAAAACAACAGUAAGGUACUUCAUUGUUACCCAGAUAUUGGUUUGAUAUUGAAAUAAAGAUGGACCUUGAAGAGAGAAAAAGACCUGCCGUGCCUUCUCUGUUCUGACAUUAUUUUCAGACACCAAUCUUUUCACAUAGCUUUUCUUAGCAUGAGACCAGUCCUCAACAAGUACCUGUAUUCCACCAAGAGAAGGGGAAUCCUCUGUCCUGUCUUGGCAACCCCAUCACUUUACAUGAUGUUAAUACGAUGUCAGCAGACACCUGUGGCAUCAGGUGAACGGUAACACACGCCUUGACCCCAAUCCCCCACCCCAACACACACACACACACAACUUAUUGAAUCAGUUCUGACAGAAUGCCGAUCCCACGAUGGGUGGUGAGAGGAAAGGAAGUUUACAGGGCUGGGGCAGGCCAGUGCUGUGUUACCGUUACCUGUCUCUGUCUCUGUGUCUGUGUCUGUGUCUGUGUCUGUGUCUGUGUCUGUCUCUGUCUCUGUCUCUCUCUGUCUCUGUCUCUGUCUCUGUCUCUCUCUAUCUCUCUCUGUCUCUCUCUCUCUGUCUCUGUCUCUGUCUCUCUCUCUCUCUCUCUCUCUCUCUCUCUCUCUCUCUCUCUCUCUCUCUCUCUCUCUCUCUCUCUCUCUCUCUCUCUCUCUCUCUCUCUCUCUCUCUCUAUAUAUAUAUAUAUAUAUAUAAUAUAUAUAUAUAUAUAUAUAUAUAUAUGCCUGCCCCCUACUUGAGGAUGCCCUACCUGCCAGACAACCCCCACUGCCCACUGUUAACCCUGCCACUAGUCUCUGAAUUGGUUAGUGUCUAAUAAUCUAUAUUAUCUUUAGUGGGAAAUAUGAUUGGCUGUACACACUAUAAAACCAUUCCUUCUACAAGGUAAGGAGUGUUGUAGGCCUGUUCAAGGAGAUGGCUUUAAAUAUAGGUAUACUUGAUAAUGGGGUUAAUCAGUUGGAGAUAUGUAGAGGAUCAUUAUGUGUUUUUCAUUAAGCAGCCUGCAGUGGGGGUCUAUCCACUGCCCGUUGUGUUAUCUACCAGCCGGUCAGUCAGCCAGUCAGCCAGUCAGCCAGUUAGUCAGCCAGUCAGCCAGUCAGACAGCCAGCCAACCAGCCAGUCAGCCAGUUAGUCAGCCAGUCAGCCAGUCAGACAGCCAGCCAACCAGCCAGUCAGCCAGCCAGUCAGCCAGUUAGUCAGCCAGCCAGCCAGCCAGCCAGUCAGCCAGCCAGUCAGCCAGUUAGUCAGCCAGUCAGCCAGCCAGCCAGUCAGACAGUCAGACAGCCAGCCAUCAGUCAGCCAGUUAGUCAGCCAGCCAGCCAGCCAGCCAGCCAGCCAGUCAGCCAGUUAGUCAGCCAGUCAGACAGCCAGCCAGCCAGUUAGUCAGCCAGCCAGCCAGCCAGUCAGCCAGCCAGUCAGCCAGUUAGUCAGCCAGCCAGCCAGUCAGCCAGCCAGCCAGCCAGCCAGUCAGCCAGUCAGCCAGCCAGCCAGCCAGCCAGCCAGUCAGCCAGUCAGCCAGACAGUCAGACAGUUAGUCAGCCAGUCAAUCAGCCAGCCAGCCAGCCAGCCAGUCAGCCAGUUAGUCAGCCAGUCAGCCAGCCAGCCAGCCAGCCAGCCAGCCAGCCAGCCAGCCAGUCAGCCAGUCAGCCAGUCAGCCAGUCAGCCAGCCAGCCAGCCAGUCAGCCAGUCAGCCAGCCAGCCAGCCAGACAGUCAGACAGUUAGUCAGCCAGCCAGCCAGUCAGUUAGUCAGCCAGCCAGCCAGCCAGUCAGCCAGUCAGCCAGCCAGACAGUCAGACAGUUAGUCAGCCAGCCAGCCAGUCAGGUGUGUAUAGACUAGAAAGGAGCCCUGGGCUGUACACUGUCACGCUGUCAUGCUCUCUCACUGAACCAGUGACACUUUGAUGACCUUACCCAGUAAUGCCCCACCGGGCGGUGUGUUUUGAUUUCCAAUAUGAAGCCCAGCCCUGGAGCAGAUACAAAUAUCACCAGAUCAGACCUGACCUUUGAUGGCUUCUAAUUAUGGCAUGUGGGAGUUGGGGGUUGAUAUUAGUGACAGUCUGGGUUUGAUUUAAUUUACCCUCAGGUUAAUGAUUCAGAGACAUCACAGCUGUCAAAAGAACAUCACUGGAGUAGUGGAGGGUGUGAGAAGGCAUGCAGAAUGUUUUCUGUACAUAAUAAAUACGAUAAUACAUGUCUAAUUAGAUAGAUUGCAGUCUACCCCCAUGUACAGUAAUAAUACAAGUGUUUAGGAGAGAAACUAUGUGCCAAUUAGAUUGAAGUCUAAUUGGCAAUCAACCUUCUAGUUAAAAAUUUAUUGGGUUAAUUAACCUUCUAGUUAACAGUUUAUUGGUUUAAGCAACCUUCUAGUUAACAGUUUAUUGGUUUAAAUAACCUUCUAGUUAACAGUUUAUUGGUUUAAAUAAUCUUCUAGUUAACCAUUUAUUGGUUUAAUCAACCUUGUAUUUAACAGUUUAUUGGUUGACUUUUAAGUAAUACUGUAUGCAGUUUGUCUAAAUAGCAAGGAAAACAUAAUAUCCUUCUUCUACAGACAUCCAGAAUGUAAGGUAAUGUAAUGAGCCAGUAGGUUGAUUUCCUGCUGAAAGGAGAAUCAGUCAGUCAGUUGUGUUUACUGCCCACACUCCACAGUCUAUCAGGGAAUGUCUGGAGUUUUAUGACGCAUCACUGUGCUCUUCUACACUAGGUCUGGCAGUGCUGUAGCCUGCAGGCUGGUAGUGGAAGGUUCUGGCAGUGUUGUAGCCUGCAGGCUGGUAGUGCAAGGUUCUGGCAGUGCUGUAGCCUGCAGGCUGGUAGUGCAAGGUUCUGGCAGUGCUGUAGCCUGCAGGCUGGUAGUGGAAGGUUCUGGCAGUGCUGUAGCCUGCAGGCUGGUAGUGGAAGGUUCUGGCAGUGCUGUAGGCUGCAGGCUGGUAGUGGAAGAUUCUGGCAGUGCUGUAGCCUACAGACUGGUAGUGGAAGGUUCUGGCAGUGUUGUAGCCUGCAGGCUGGUAGUGGAAGGUUCUGGCAGUGCUGUAGCCUGCAGGCUGGUAGUGGAAGGUUCUGGCAGUGCUGUAGCCUGCAGGCUGGUAGUGGAAGGUUCUGGCAGUGCUGUAGCCUGCAGGCUGGUAGUGGAAGGUUUCUGGCAGUGCUGUAGCCUGCAGGCUGGUAGUGGAAGGUUCUGGCAGUGCUGUAGCCUGCAGGCUGGUAGUGGAAGGUUCUGGCAGUGCUGUAGCCUGCAGGCUGGUAGUGGAAGGUUCUGGCAGUGCUGUAGCCUGCAGGCUGGUAGUGGAAGGUUCUGGCAGUGUUGUAGCCUGCAGGCUGGUAGUGGAAGGUUCUGGCAGUGCUGUAGCCUGCAGGCUGGUAGUGGAAGGUUCUGGCAGUGCUGUAGCCUGCAGACUGGUAGUGGAAGGUUCUGACAGUGUUGUAGCCUGCAGGCUGGUAGUGGAAGGUUCUGGCAGUGUUGUAGCCUGCAGGCUGGUAGUGGAAGGUUCUGGCAGUGCUGUAGGCUGCAGGCUGGUAGUGGAAGGUUCUGGCAGUGUUGUAGCCUGCAGGCUGGUAGUGGAAGGUUCUGGCAGUGUUGUAGCCUGCAGGCUGGUAGUGGAAGGUUCUGGCAGUGUUGUAGCCUACAGGCUGGUAGUGGAAGGUUCUGGCAGUGUUGUAGCUACAGGCUGGUAGUGGAAGGUUCUGGCAGUGUUGUAGCCUGCAGGCUGGUAGUGGAAGGUUCUGGCAGUGCUGUAGCCUGCAGGCUGGUAGUGGAAGGUUCUGGCAGUGUUGUAGCCUGCAGGCUGGUAGUGGAAGGUUCUGGCAGUGUUGUAGCCUGCAGGCUGGUAGUGGAAGGUUCUGGCAGUGUUGUAGCCUACAGGCUGGUAGUGGAAGGUUCUGGCAGUGCUGUAGCCUGCAGGCUGGUAGUGGAAGGUUCUGGCAGUGUUGUAGCCUGCAGGCUGGUAGUGGAAGGUUCUGGCAGUGUUGUAGCCUACAGGCUGGUAGUGGAAGGUUCUGGCAGUGUUGUAGCCUGCAGGCUGGUAGUGGAAGGUUCUGGCAGUGUUGUAGCCUGCAGGCUGGUAGUGGAAGGUUCUGGCAGUGUUGUAGCCUGCAGGCUGGUAGUGGAAGGUUCUGGCAGUGCUGUAGCCUGCAGGCUGGUAGUGGAAGGUUCUGGCAGUGUUGUAGCCUGCAGGCUGGUAGUGGAAGGUUCUGGCAGUGUUGUAGCCUGCAGGCUGGUAGUGGAAGGUUCUGACAGUGUUGUAGCCUGCAGGCUGGUAGUGGAAGGUUCUGGCAGUGCUGUAGCCUGCAGGCUGGUAGUGGAAGGUUCUGGCAGUGUUGUAGCCUACAGGCUGGUAGUGGAAGGUUCUGGCAGUGUUGUAGCCUGCAGGCUGGUAGUGGAAGGUUCUGGCAGUGUUGUAGCCUGCAGGCUGGUAGUGAAAGGUUCUGGCAGUGCUGUAGCCUGCAGGCUGGUAGUGGAAGGUUCUGGCAGUGUUGUAGCCUGCAGGCUGGUAGUGGAAGGUUCUGACAGUGCUGUAGCCUACAGGCUGGUAGUGGAAGGUUCUGGCAGUGCUGUAGCCUGCAGGCUGGUGUAAUAGCAGGACGCCUGGUCAUAUCAGGAGGGCCAAAUAGUAAACCUCAUUAACUGACUUCUAACCCCUAUCACUAACCCUAACCCUAAAGAGUAGACCUCAUUAACUCUGAGAGGACGACACAUGAGACACACACAUCUCUUCUCUCCUCGGCCAUGGCAUGCCAUUCCUCUGGAGACAGACAGACAGGUUGUUCCAGUACUCUCCUCACCAUACCAAUUCCUCUGGAGAAGACAGACAGACAGACAGACACACACACACGCUGGUCCAGUCCUCUCCUCACCAUACCAUUCCCAUGGAGACAGACAGACAGACAGACAGACAGACAGACAGACAGACAGACAGACACACACGCUGGUCCAGUCCUCUCCUCACCAUACCAUUCCUAUGGAGACAGACAGACAGACAGACAGACAGACAGACAGACAGACAGACAGACAGACAGACAGACAGACAGACAGACAGACAGACAGACAGACAGACAGACACGCUGGUCCAGUCCUCUCCUCCUCUGGAGACAGACAGACAGACAGACACGCUGGUCCAGUCCUCUCCACCUCUGGAGACAGACAGACAGACAGACAGACAGACAGACAGACAGACAGACAGACAGACAAGCUGGUCCAGUCCUCUCCUCCUCUGGAGACAGACAGACAGACAGACAGACAGACAGACAGACAGACAGACAGACA